CGGGGGGUCCGGGCUGAGGAGACGCCGGCAGCGGCGGGAGAUGAGCCUCGGGCGCUGAGCCGGUCCCGCCGCUAACGGCCCGAACGGGGACGAGGAGCCUCGGGAUGGCGGCGGCCGGGGAGGCUCCGGCCAAGGGGAGCGGAGGCCGCGGCGGCGGGAGCUGAGGCGAGGGCCAGCGCGCGGGCCGCCCGGCUCUCGGCCGCCGGGCCUCCCCUUCAACGCCGGUCGAGGCCAAACUUCCCUCCUCCCGUCGGAGGCGGCUGCGGGGGCGGAGAUGCGGCCCUGAAGAAGGGGCGGCGGCGGGAGUUCCCCUUUGCCCCCGGUGGGAGAGGAGGGGUUUCCUCCCCCUUCUCCCGUCCGCCCCGUCCCGUCCCGUCCCGUCCAGUCCUUCCUGGGGAGCGGCGGCGGCCGCCGUGGGAGCCGACAGGGCUCCGGCACGGCCAAGGCGAUGUCGGCGGCGGCGGCGGCGGCGGCGGGCGCCAUCUCGGCCUCGGAGAAAGUGGACGGCUUCACCCGGAAAUCGGUGCGCAAGGCGCAGCGGCAGAAGCGCUCUCAGGGCUCGUCGCAGUUCCGCAGCCAGAGCAGCCAGGCGGAGUUGCAUCCCCUUCCCCAGCUCAAAGAUGCCACUUCGAAUGAGCAACAAGAACUUUUCUGUCAGAAGUUGCAGCAGUGUUGUGUACUGUUUGAUUUCAUGGACUCUGUUUCAGACUUGAAGAGCAAAGAAAUUAAAAGAGCAACACUGAAUGAAUUGGUUGAAUAUGUUUCAACAAAUCGUGGUGUGAUUGUAGAAUCUGCUUAUUCUGAUAUAGUGAAAAUGAUCAGCUCCAAUAUUUUUAGGACACUUCCACCAAGUGAUAACCCAGACUUUGAUCCAGAAGAGGAUGAACCAACACUUGAGGCCUCAUGGCCCCACAUACAGUUGGUGUAUGAAUUCUUCUUGAGGUUUCUGGAAAGCCCUGAUUUCCAGCCAAGUAUUGCAAAGCGUUUCAUUGACCAGAAAUUUGUACAGCAGCUCUUGGAGCUUUUUGAUAGUGAAGAUCCCAGAGAACGUGACUUCCUGAAGACAGUUCUUCAUCGAAUUUAUGGAAAAUUCCUUGGAUUAAGAGCAUUCAUCAGAAAACAGAUUAACAACAUUUUCCUCAGGUUUAUAUAUGAAACAGAACAUUUUAAUGGUGUUGCUGAACUCCUUGAGAUAUUAGGAAGUAUCAUCAAUGGAUUUGCACUCCCCUUGAAAGCAGAACACAAGCAAUUCUUAAUGAAGGUUCUGAUUCCUAUGCACACUGCUAAAGGAUUAGCUUUGUUUCAUGCUCAGUUGGCCUAUUGUGUUGUUCAGUUCCUGGAAAAAGACACGACAUUAACAGAACCGGUGAUCAGAGGAUUGCUCAAAUUUUGGCCCAAAACUUGCAGUCAGAAAGAGGUGAUGUUUUUAGGAGAAAUUGAAGAAAUCUUAGAUGUUAUAGAACCAACCCAGUUCAAAAAAAUUGAAGAACCUCUCUUCAAACAGAUAUCUAAGUGUGUAUCAAGUUCUCAUUUUCAGGUUGCAGAGAGGGCAUUGUAUUUCUGGAAUAAUGAAUAUAUACUUAGUCUGAUUGAGGAGAAUAUUGACAAAAUCUUGCCGAUUAUGUUUGGCAGUUUGUACAAAAUCUCCAAAGAACACUGGAAUCCGACCAUCGUAGCAUUAGUAUAUAAUGUACUGAAAACGCUAAUGGAAAUGAAUGGCAAACUCUUUGACGACCUUACAAGCUCCUAUAAAGCAGAAAGACAGAGAGAGAAAAAGAAAGAACUGGAACGGGAAGAAUUGUGGAAAAAACUAGAAGAUCUGAAGCUUAAGAAAGCACUGGCUGAGAAGCAGAAUAGUGCUCACAAUGUGCUCAAUGCACAUAACACAACAAGUGCCAAAUAAAAAGAUGACGACCUCUGCUUGAUAGACACACUUUUGUACACUUUUUUGAAAUAUAUAAAAAUUGCAAAACAGAAACCUCAUCAGUAUGGUAGAAUUUAAAAGGCCAAUUCUUUUCUCUGGCAACUGUAAAUGAAAAAAUAUGGACUAAAAAUAGCCUAAUUUUACAUCAUGGCCACAGUAUAUUGUAACCUUGUCUAAUCAUUGAUUUAUUGUGUCAGUUCGGAAGUUUCAAAGAAGUGAAUGAAUUUUAUCAUCCAUGAUAUGAGUGAGAUAAUUAUGGGAGUGGUGAGAAUUAUGACUUGAAUUCUUUUUUUUUUUUUUGAUUGUGUUGCACAUAGAUGUAGUACGCUAUGUACAUUUUUCCCUUUUUUUAUGUGCUUUUCACAUGGCUGCAGACCUUGGUUGAGUUCUAGAAAAGCCUUCUAGCUCUGCUGCAUUUCCUCAGAACUAAGGUACAAUCCUUCUCCUUCUUCCACUCAAUAACAUAACCUGCCCUUUCCCUUUUGCUCUUGAAGAUUGUACAGUUUUAAGAAACUUAAAUUUCUCUUUAUAAAAACCAACUAGAAAAGAAGUAAAAGCUAGGAAAAUAAACCAAAUCUCUUCAGUCGACUAAAAGCAAGGAGUCAACUGAAGAAACCUCUUCCUUCUUGCACCACUCCCUCCAGUGACAUUCAGAUGAGCCGAAGGCAUUGUUAGAAAGUAGUGCAAAGCACUGUGCCCUAACCUCUCAUGCCUUUCUCCUUUUUCCCGUCACAGGGUCUGCGAGCUCGCUACCUCGCACCCGGGUAUCUUAGUUUGGUGAUGCAGAGCUGUAAUGGUGGCCUGGCUUUAUUUAAUAGAAAUGCAGUAUGCUUUCUAAAUAGAAGACUGAAAAAGUUGACUAUAGAGGUCUUUUAUGUUUUUACUUGAUCAAGUAUUUCUUACAUCUUUGUUAUCAGAGUACCAUUCCAAUCUCUUAAUUUGCAGUUGUGUGGAAAACUGUUUUGUAAUGAAAGACCUUCACCGGGGGAUUGAGCAGCAUUUAAUAAAGUCUAUGUUUUUAUUUU